UUGCCAUGGCGGGAGGGUGGGCUCGCGGCGGCAGCAGGUGAGAGACAGACGCGGAGGAGUAGCGGAGCUGAGCGGAGCUGAGCCAUGGGGAAGCUGCAGGAAUUUUGCAUUACUUACUCCAACAACAAGGUGGUCUACGCGCCGGGGGAGUCCAUCAGCGGGGUGGUGAAGAUACGAACCGCCAACUCGCUGCAGUACAAAGGCAUCAAGGUGAACUGUCAAGGCGCAUGUGGGGUGACCACCAAAAGGAACGACUCUGUGUGGAAUCUGGAGGAGCCAUACUUAAACAGCAUGUUAUCUGUGGCAGAUAAAGGAGUCCUGGCCCCGGGUGAACACAGUUUCGCUUUCCAGUUCGUCCUUCCAUUUGCCAUUCCCACGUCGUUCGAAGGAACCUUCGGGAAGAUCGCUUACCAUGUUAGAGCCACCAUCGACACGCCCCGCUUCUCCAAGGACUACAAAGCGCUUAGGCCCUUCUACGUUCUCAACAUGCUCAACCUCAAUAAGGUUCCUGACAUCGAACAACCAAGUUGUGCGGUAACAACAAAGAAGUUUAACUACCUCCUGGUGAGGGUGGGGACCCUGAUGCUGAAAACUAGCAGCGACCUGAAGGGCUACGUCCCCGGUCAGGUCAUCAGAUUAUCCACGGAGAUCCACAACAAGUCCGGGAAAGACACCGGAUACGUGCUGGCCAGUCUCGUACAGAAAGUGACCUAUAGGACCAAGCGGCCCAUCAUUGACGUACGGACGAUUGCAGAGGUGGAGGGAGCCGGGGUGAAGGGCGGAAAGCACGCAGAGUGGAGGGAGCAGAUCAUCGUCCCUCCUCUUCCUCAGUCAGGUCUCGACUGCUGCAGCCUAAUUGACGUCGAUUAUUUCAUUCAGGUGUCGCUGAAGUCUCCAGAAGCCGUCGUCGUUCUGCCCAUCUACAUCGGGAACAUCCCCGUGAACUUGACCCCAACAAGGUCUAUACCCAUCAGCCCCGGCGCCGCCUCAGCGCUGGCGCCUGGCGCCGCCGGAGUGAUGCCCAGCGCCCCGCCGGCCGAGGAGGAUCCAGAGGACGGUCUGUGCGCCGGAGGGUUCGCCAGCGAGCCGCUUCCCACCAAGAGCCACUCCCAGCAAGAUCCCUCAGGGCAGCCGGUCACCAUGUUGCCCGGCGCCUUCGGCCACGGCCCGGGUGCGGCGAUGCCGCCCGGCCCGCUCCCCGACCCGUCUGCGUCGCUCUUCUGCUUGUCCACUGGCGCCACCAUACCGUUCUUCACCGAGGGAAACGUAAACCCAAUCCCCACCUCCUGUUCUCUCAUCCUGCCUCCGGAGUACAGCAGCUGCGACUUCCCUCAAGAACCCCCUCCGUCGUACGAGGAAAGCUGCAGCAGCGUAAACUCUAGCGUCAACAGCGAACAGUAGAGGAGGAGCGGGUGGUGAAACGUCGGCCACCUUGACAGAGACCCUGACAGAGACACGCUGGGUGGUGACGCGAACCUCAGGAUCGUGGCUGCUCGCACUUCAAAGGGAGAUCCUUUCUUAUUUUUUUCUAAGAGUUCCGGUUUCCACCCAUUUAACGUCUGAACAGGUGAACACUGUGCCUAAAAGACAGACUUUCAGAUCAAUGUUUAGGGUGUUCUGUGACCGGACCUGUUUUUACUCUUGGAGGAGUGUAACAUCUGGUUUUUAUUUCAGCAAAUUGUUGCAUCUGUGAUGCCUUGAGAAUAAUUGUAGCACCUGAUUGCGUCUCGUAGGACCUUUCAGCUUGGCCCUUUCUGCUAUCCUAACUAGCUCAGAGUUGCGUGUUUGACUCCCGAGCCAGGGUGAACAUGUGAUGGAUGAUGCAGAAACUACAGAACCCCCAUAGAAACAUUUCCUAAAGGAUGUUUUAGUGAUUUCUUUAAAUGAAUCUCUGCUUUACCUUGUAGAGGGUUUUGAAGAUAAAAGGGUUUUGGGUAAACCAGAACUCCAGUGCCUUCAGGUAGUAUUCAUACCCCCCUUUGCAUUGGAACAGCAAACGUUGUGGUAUUGUAAUUUAAACAGACUUUCACUAUUCUGUGCUAAAGAAACCAACCUAUUUUAAAGGGAUCUGGAUCAGUUCUUCUUCUGGUUUUCUGAGGGGCUUUUAAUGUUUGGAGGCCUUUUCUUACAUUUUCUGCCCAACCUUUCAGAAUAGUGUGGCGUGUGCCUAAAAGAAAAAGCCUAAAUGAUUAAUUGGUCAGAAUCAACCGGCUUAACAAAUAUUCCUCUGGAGAAGUUUACGUUCUGCGCUCUAUUACUAGAAAAGCAACCAUCAGAAGAACUGUUGAUCAACCACUUGAAGAAUCUCAUCUUUCACUCCUGACUGCCACCUUCUGUUGCUUCAUUUCUUUCUUUUUUUUAAUUAUUCAGAGGAAAGUUUAUCCGCAGAUUAGCCCGAGUUUUGCUGCAGUAAGUCUGAAAAAUCCCACUGCGCCCCCCUGUGGUCAGUUCUGGUACAAGGUUUGUGUCGACUUGUCUUUAAAUCCGGAGUUUGACGCAUCAAGCCGUCCAAACUGAGUCAUGGCGUCUGAGAGGUCGGCUGCAUGAAAUCACAAUAGAUCAGUGUUUCUGCUGUGGCGAAAACGUCUCUUCUUCUCUGGAGGAGUCUGAGGGUCCAUUUUGUUGCCUUUUUGCUCAUGUAGUGUGUAGAUGACCAUGUAUAUGUGCACAAUGCAGCACUUUCUGAAGGUUUGAGUGCAUAGAUUCGGAGAGAUUGAUUGAGUGUGUGUGUGUGUGUCUGGAAGUGAAGAUAUUAAAACUAUAUGCCACUUGAUGAUUUUUUUUUACUUAAUUUUAACCUGCUCCUGUGUCAUUCCCUAUGUUUUGCCCAAUCUUUUGUUUUAUUUUCAACCUAAACCCUUGACAUGAUCUUGGCGUCUUUAACAUGGAACAUUGUUAUUUUCUUUUGCACAGCUGAUUGUUUAUUUGUGAGUCUUUUUUUUCUGUUUUUAGAGCGAAUCUAUUUAUUUCUGUUGUUGAUUUCUUCAACUCUUAUCAUCCAGGACUACUUUGCUGUCAAACAGGGGUUCCUUCACACUCUUAAAAAAAUGAUGGAAAAGUUGGGAAUUAGCUUUUAGCGUUUUGCCAAGUCUGGAUAAGUAAAUUUAAGUGCCAACUU